AAAGAAGGGAUUAGGGGGCGGGGCCAAGAUUAAUUGUUAAUGUGUGACUAAACUAUCUUGCUGAACGUAAACACAACCCUAGAAGAAGACGGGUUGAAGACCUUCUGGUUUACAUACGUGGUGGACCAGUCUGCCUGCGGGAAUGCUCAAUCCUCAAAGAUCUUUAUCUGAACUACCAAAGAUGUCGGGUCCAAGCCAAGCCGAGAGGGCUGUUUUGGAGGAGGAGUUUAACUGGUUGCUGAAAGAGGAGGUCCAUGCUGUUUUGAAGCAGCUCCAGGAUAUACUGAAGGAGGCAUCCAGGAGGUUCUCCAUUCCCACCCCAGGACUGGAGAACCAACUGAAACAGGAGAACUUCAUCCUGGGCAGCUCAACCAUGGACCAGGUGAAAGGAGUACUGACUCUACAGGGAGAAGCCCUGACUCAAGCUGACAUCAAUCUGAAAACUGCCAAAAGCAACCAAGUGAUGCAUUUCACAUUCAGGGAUGAUAAGCACUGGAAAUUACAACAGAUCCAGGAUGCUAGGAACCAUGUGAAUCAGGCUCUGCAGCUGCUGAGUGGUAGAGAUGAGAGCUACCACUUUAAGACUGGGGCCGAGGUCAACAAGCUGAUGGACGCGGUGAUGCUCCAGCUGACCAGGGCUCGUAACCGCCUCACCACUCCGGCAGCCAUGACCCUGCCGGAGCUGGCCACCAGCGGCCUCAUGAAAAUGUUCACUCCUCCAAUGCCAGGCGAUGUGAUGGUGAACUUCUAUAUCAACCUGAGUAAGCUGUGUCUGACUGUCUACCAGCUGCACGCAAUGCAGCCCAACACCACCAAGAACUUCAAGCCAUCUGGGAGCUCCGUGUUACAACCCGGAGCCAUGUUCGAGCUGAACAAUGCUAAGUUUGAGGUGAGCCAGGUUCACAAGGUGGAGUGUGUUGUCCCCUGGCUCAACAACACCCUGAUCUUCUUCACCAUCUCACUGCAGCUCUGUCAGCAGCUCAAGGACAAGAUUUCCGUCUUCUCUAGUUUCUGGAACUACCGACCGUUCUAACCUCCUGCAGCUAGCUGACCGUCAGAAUGCCUAGGUGUUAGCUGACCGUCAGAAUGCCUAGGUGUUCUAACCUCCUGCAGCUAGCUGACCGUCAGAAUGCCUAGGGGUUCUAACUUCCUGCAGCUAGCUGACCGUCAAAAUGCCUAGGGGUUCUAACCUCCUGCCGCUAGCUGACCGUCUGAAUACCUAGGUGUUCUGUCCAAAUCCUUCACACAAACCAACCCAGAUAAAAGGGAUGUCUUGAAAAAUAUUGUCUGAAUUGAAGUGGGUUUUGUUUGUGUAAUUUACAGGAGAACAGCCGGAUCAAAACCCAUAUACAUUACCAGUGUUUAGUAUUCCAGGGUUUGGGGCCCAUCCAUGUGUUACAGCUGCUUUAAUCCAGUCCCAAAUCAAACCCUAACCCCUAGACUACACUCCCUACUUGUGAAGAAAGUAUAGGGCUAAGCAAUAUGGUGGAGCUACUACCAUAUUGCUAUAUCUAUCCAAUACAUUCAGUGUUUCCCAUAGAUGGGAGUCGUUAGCGCAAUGACUGACUGGAAGUCUAUGGGAAUGAAUAUAGGGGAAACACUGCAUGACUAGAAGUCUAUGGGAAUGAAUAUAGGGGAAACACUGCAUGACUAGAAGUCUAUGGGAAUGAAUAUAGGGGAAACACUGCAUGACUAGAAGUCUAUGGGAAUGAAUAUAGGGGAAACACUGCAUGACUAGAAGUCUAUGGGAAUGAAUAUAGGGGAAACACUGCAUGACUAGAAGUCUAUGGGAAUGAAUAUAGGGGAAACACUGCAUGACUAGAAGUCUAUGGGAAUGAAUAUAGGGGAAACACUGCAUGACUAGAAGUCUAUGGGAAUGAAUAUAGGGGAAACACUGCAUGACUAGAAGUCUAUGGGAAUGAAUAUAGGGGAAACACUGCAUGACUAGAAGUCUAUGGGAAUGAAUAUAGGGGAAACACUGCAUGACUAGAAGUCUAUGGGAAUGAAUAUAGGGGAAACACUGCAUGACUAGAAGUCUAUGGGAAUGAAUAUAGGGGAAACACUGCAUGACUAGAAGUCUAUGGGAAUGAAUAUAGGGGAAACACUGCAUUCUGAUCUAGACAAGUCGGGACUAGGGGUUGAUUUAGGAUUGGGUGCACUUGUCUCUCUGUGUGUCAUCCGUUGUAUAGUACUAACUAACUUGACCUCCCUGUUG